AUGGCAAGUAAAAUAGUAGAAGAAGUAUGUACAGCAAUUUGGUGCUUAAUGAGAGAGGAUUUUAUUCCAACACCAACGAAAGAAAUAUUGGAGUUAAUUGCUUCUGGAUUUGAGAAAAGAGCUAAUUUCCCGAACUGCAUAGGAGCCGUCGAUGGCAAACAUAUCCGUUUAACUUGCCCACUUAACAGUGGGUCAAUGUAUUUUAAUUAUAAAGGAUAUAAUUCUAUAGUUCUCAUGGCAGUUGCAGAUUCCAAAUAUCGAUUUGUGGACAUUGACGUUGGAAGUUACGGUAAAGACUGCGAUUCGUCAGUGUUUAAGAGGUCUAGUUUGUGGAAGUUAAUAGAAAAUAAUGAACAACAAUUGCCAGAAGCAAAAUCUUUGCCCGGAAUAGACAGUCCAAAACUACCUUACUUCUUCAUUGGAGACGAAGCAUUUGGAUUACAUAAACAUUUACUGAGACCUCUUGGUGGAACACAUCUGACAGCCGAUAACAGAAUUUUUAACUAUCGACUAUCUAGAGCAAGAAGAUUUGUUGAAUGCUCUUUUGGGAUCCUCAAAAAUAAGUGGCAGAUAUUUCAUCGACCAAUUAAUGUACAACCAGAAUUUGCUGUCAAAAUUUUAAAUGCUUGCAUUGUAUUACAUAAUUUUGUACUUGAGAGGGAUGGAUAUAACGAUUUGGAUACAAUGUCAAUCACAGCUUGUCAGAUAUAUCUGAUGAGAGUAACGUAA